AUGAUAGACGCAGACAGCAGGCCCAAGUUCAAGGAGCUGGCUGCAGAGUUGUGUAGGAUGGCCCGGGACCCCCAGAGAUACCUGGUCAUCCAGGGGGAUGACCGUAUGAAGCUGCCCAGCCCCAAAGACAGUAAGUUCUUCCAGAGCCUGCUGGAUGAGGAGGAUGUGGAGGACUUUAUGGAUGCUGAGGAGUACCUGGUUCCCCAUCACUUUAACAUGCCUCCACUAUCAUACACAGCCAGGCUCCGCGUCGACUCCAACAGGAACCAGUUUGGGUACCGGGACGGUUCAGGCUCGACCCCUGAGGAGGGCCUGGCAUUGGGAGGGUCCCCGUCUUGUGUCUCCUCUCCAGAUCCUGCAGGCACGCAGGGGGCAGCCCUGGACGCCCUGGAGGACCAGCGCUGCAACGGCACGCUGCUCAAGAAGAAGACCCAGACAAGGCCCGGGGCAGAGGACAACAACGGGCAGCGCUACAGUGCCGACCCUACCGUGUUCCUGGGGGACCGGGGUGUGGGGCCCCGGGGGGACACGGACGAGGACGGCUACAUGACCCCCAUGAAGGAUAAGACCUCGUCAGACUAUCUGAAACCGAUUGAGGAGAACCCAUUCGUGGCGCGGCGCAAGAACGGCGAGUUCCACGCCCUGGACAACCCAGCCUACCACAGCACACCCAACAGCCAGCCCAAGGGGGGCGAAGAUGAGUACAUCAACGAGCCUCUCUACCUCAACACCUUCCACAACCCCGGAGACCUGGUCCUGAGAAAGAACGGUGGUCUCCCAUCACAGAGUACAGCCUCGACUAUCAGUAUUGGCUCCUAUCCCCAACUCACCGUCCAGACUGGCCUUCCUUACUACCCCGUCGUACCGACAGAGAGCUCCCCUUCUGGGCUGCAGGGAGGCUGCCAUCACCCACUGCCUGGUCACCUCAUUCACAAGCUCCACAGUGUUGGUGUGAAACCUGGCCACUCGGCCCUAUCUGGCAACUCACCACAACAAACCCACCUGGGCCUUCAGGGACACCAGUCCCACCUAAUCCAGUGUGGUGGUGGGCCCUCUGCCACCCAGGUUUACCACCCUGAAAGGUCAACUGUCAAGAAAGGUCCCAUCUCCAUGUCGGCGCCCGAGGACCAGAGAAGUGUUAUACCAGCCUACCAGGGGCACACCACCCACCCUGGCAGUGUACUGAAGCAGGGACAGGGGAACCAGGCGGGAGGCAAACCGGCAGGCAAGAAGCUCAAGGUGACCUUUGACAAUCCAGAGUACUGGCAGCACAGCCUGCCACCCAAGCCGUUGAACAGCGUUACAAACCAGGCGGGCAGCACCCUUGAGGCGGGAACCACCAAUGGCAAGUUGUUCUACAAACGGAACGGCUGCAUCAGGCCGGUGGUGGCCGAAAACCCAGAGUACCUAUCAGAGUUCUCGUCCAAUCUCAAGCCGGGCACAGUUCUGCCCCCUCCCCCGUACCGACAGAGGAACACAGUGGUAUAGAAGUGAGGUCCCAACCCACCUUCCUCCAGCUUCUGGACCAGCUAGUACCCAGCCUUCUCCGGUUCCUCUGUCCCUUCCUCAGUACCUCAAACAGUCACGAGAGCCUCCCCAAAACCCCUCCCCACGACAUCCCACCAUGCAUCACCUUCGCUAACUAGCUAACUAGCUAGCGUUCUCCAGAGGAGGAGCUAGCAGACCCUACUCAGAGUGCCACCAACCAACACACUACCAGGCUCCACCUCCUUAUCUCCACUCUAGCCCCUAACUGGUACAGUAACAACAGUAAAACAGCUCUAGGUAAAGACCAGGCCGUGUUAACCUCUGACGCUGUAUAUAAACUGGACUGGCAGCGGUGGUGGUGUUUGUGAAAGGAGCAUCGAGGAACCACGCAAUAUGGAGAUAGUAUGACCAUAUGUACUGUUCUCUACAGAAACAGGGAUGGUGUCAGGACUCUCAGGACGGUACGAGGGAACCACAAUGAGGAACGCAGACGGAAAAGAUGAAGUGUGUCGAAAAAGAGAUGUUAUACAGAGCACAGUGUUUUACAUGACUGUUGUUGCAACAAAAUGAACUGGAGAGAGAGAGAUGGAAAGACAACCAACCACUACUGUAUGUUGAAAUGUUCCUCACAAAGGAGCUACAUAUUGUAGAUAUUGCAUCACCAUCACUUCAGUGUUACUCACCUCUUACAGUAUUUACGGUAACUAACUCUGUUGUGACCAAGCCUUGUACCAUUUUCAACAUGUUUUAUUUAAUGUUUACUCUAUUUAAUUUUCACAAUUAUUUAUAUAAUGUGUUAAAAACAACAACUACGUACCUGUAUGUACAACGCAGGCCAUCCAUUGGAUCAUUUUUGGGGUGUGGCGUUCACAGUUACGUUGUUCACUUGAAGGCUCUUAUCACGUCUAAACUACUGUAAACCACGUGGGUAGCUUAUCUUGAACGCUCUUAUCACGUCUAAAACUACUGUAAACCACGUGGGUAGCUUAUCUUGAAAGAGCUUAUCACGUCUAAACUACUGUAAACCACGUGGGUAGCUUAUCUUGAAAGAGCUUAUCAUGUCUAAACAACUGUAAACCACGUGGGCAGCUUAUCUUGAAAGAGCUUAUCACGUCUAAACUACUGUAAACCAUGUGGUUAGCUUAUCUUGAAAGAGCUUAUCACGUCUAAACUACUGUAAACCAUGUGGGUAGCUUAAUUUGAAAGAGCUUAUCACAUCUAAAACUACUGUAAACCAUGUGGGUAGCUUAAUUUGAAAGCUCUUAUCACAUCUAAAACUACUGUAAACCAUGUGGGUAGCUUAACAAAUAACUUUCUAAAAGUUCCUUUAUCACUGGCUUCAAUGGAAUGACAUGGGCUUUUUUCUCAAUAAUGUCUCGGAAGAGAUUCGUCACUGCGAGGAAAUUAGUUUAUGCAGAUUGUGGCCUGACACAGGGACACAGAGUUUGUAGUAACGGUUUGCAAUGCAAAUGAGAGGAUAAUGAGGAGGACUGUUGUAGCAUGAAAAAUAGUCUCCUUUAUAACUCGCUACGGUGGCUGAGACACAGAGAGAGGAGGAGGAGGGUGUCCUUUCUAGUGGAGGCCUGGAUGAAUGGAUGAGAGACAGAUUCCAUAU